GUGGGCUUGUCGAGAACAGUUUCGUGACGCUACACCACCAGCAAACCAGCGGCUGCAGUUACGGAGGUACUCGGGAGAAGACGAGGGGGAAUAGCGACAAAAGAGAGGCCCCCCCUGAGCACACACGUCCUUUCUAAACAGAGGUCGCCACAAAGAGGACCCUCGCAUAGGACAGCAACCAGAAGCUCGCACAGACGGCGCCAUGCUGGAAUACUACCAGACAUUGGGAGUCCAGAAGAAUGCAACGCCAGAGGACAUCAAAAAAGCUUACAGAAAAUUGGCGUUGAAGUGGCAUCCGGACAAGAACCCCGACCACAAGGAGGAAGCAGAGAAAAGGUUCCAAGAGCUGUCGGAGGCAUAUGAGGUGCUCUCAGAUGAAAACAAGAGGAAUACUUACGACAGACACGGCAAAGAAGGUCUUUCAGCAGGAGGAGGAGGAGGAGGAGGAGGAGGGGGCCAUUAUGACCACUUCAACGGCGGCGGCUUCACAUUCCGUAAUCCUGACGACGUUUUCAGGGAAUUCUUCGGCGGCAGAGAUCCGUUUGCAGACUUUUUCGCCGAUGACCCCUUUGACAACUUUUUCGGGGGCAGUCACAGUCGCCAUAGGGGCGCGAGCCGAGGCACGAUGGGGGGCUCGCGCUUCGGUUUCGGGAGCUUCCCGGCGUUCGGGCCCUCCCUCUCAGGGUUCAAUUCAGGUUUUAGCCCCUUUGGAGACAUGGGUGGAGGGGGAUUCACCUCCUUCUCAUCUUCAUCUUUUGGUGGGGGUGGAGGAGGAGGAGGAGGCAGAAUGGCUAACUUCAAAUCCGUGUCGACCUCCACCAAGUUCAUCAACGGCAGAAAAAUUACAACAAAACGGAUCGUGGAGAACGGCCAGGAGCGGGUAGAAGUGGAGGAGGAGGGUCAGUUAAAGUCCCUCACAGUUAAUGACAUGGCAGCCGAAGAUCCCUCGGAGGAAGACUGUCGUCGCCGCAGACAGAAUGCACUCCCUGGCCUCGGCCUGCAUCAGCGCUACCUGAAGAACUCUGCCCAGAACCCCUCGGAGGAAGAGGAGGAACAUGGCCUACAGAGCCUGGCACUAACGAGAGGACACAUGGACACGAAGAGGAAGAAACCGUGGCAAAAGGAAGCGGAGUCCAAAAAGAAAAGGGCCCCUCGACACUUCCCUCGGUUUGGUGGACUCGGUGCCUUUUAUUAAACCGCCUCAACCAAACGCACACAAACAUAUAUCUGCUGGCAGAAGCGCCAUCAAUCAUCCGGGGCAUAAGUCCAUCAUCGCUAUGUGUCGGAGGCCCAGCAUCCCCCGCGUAACUUCUGCCUGCAGAGACGACCCUGCAAUGUUUUGUUUUAUCUUGAAUACAUUUUUAGUAGUUACGCUUUUGCUAUUGCUGUAUUUAUUGUGGGUGGGCCCCGUGGACGGAUCAGAACUUUAAUUAAUCUCCUAUGUUUGGACUUUUCCACUUUUUUACAGCACACUUUUUCAGAACGUGUGUUUUGAAAGACUUCAGGUGGAAGGAGAAUCCCACGUGCAGCCUUGCUUACGAUGAGCGUGAACAUCGCUGCAUCGAUAGCGCGUAGCAUUGGGAGAGUACGUGAUGGGCUAUUUAGUGGAAGGGGGGGGUACCUCGGGAAUGUGAGUGUAAAGCAGAAAAAAAGCAUUGAAGAGUGAGUUUUAUUACACACAAAAAUGCUGAGUCGUUUAUCACAUGCGAAAGCUGACAAUCAACACUCUGGAAGCAGCGGUGUUCACUCUUUUACCACGACAGGGGGAGAUUAUAGCUAUGCUCUCGAAGUUCUUGUUUUCUUUUUGCAGGAUUCUUUUGGAGUAGAUUCAGCAACGCGUUAACCUUUCACGGGUCUUUUUUGUAAAAAGGUUUCCUCAACGGAAUAAGGUUUCUCUUAUCUGAUUUGCCCUCGACAUUACUGUAAGCUGACAUGUAGAAAUGUUCAUUUUUUUGAUGGACUCCUACCAAUAAAUGCUUCGAGAAAUACAACUCUU